GGGUGAUGUUGUUAUUUUAUGCUCCACCUAUACAUGUGUGAGUAGAAGGUAAUCUUUUUUAACUCUUUGUUUUGAGGUGAUUUAAGAUUCAUGGAAGUUAUUAAAAAUAGAGGAUUCCUGUGUCCCUGAGAAUUCUUUUUUUAUAUUGUUUUAAUAUCUAAAUAAUGUGACAAUUCCUUCACAAGCUUUUUUGUUUUGUUUUAGCAUUUUCUUCACUCCCGGCUGGUGAAGAAUGGGGGAGAUAGAAGGAACAUACAGAGUUCUGCAGACUGCAGGGACACGCUUGGGUGCCCAGACCCCUGUAGGAGUUAGCACUCUCGAGCCUGGGCACACUCUCUCAUCCAGAAUGCAGGAGAAGCACCUGCACGUCAGAGUGAAGCUGCUGGACAACACCGUGGAAAUAUUUGACAUUGAGCCUAAAUGGGAUGGCCAGAUAUUAUUGACACAAGUGUGGAAGCGUUUAAAUUUGAUAGAAUGUGACUACUUUGGGUUGGAGUUUCAAAACAUCCAGUCCUACUGGAUUUGGCUUGAACCUAUGAAACCCAUCAUUAGGCAAGUACAAAAGCCAAAGAAUGCAAUGUUUCGCCUAGCUGUAAAAUUUUUUCCACCCGAUCCUGGUCAGUUGCAAGAAGAAUAUACAAGAUACUUGUUUGCCAUGCAACUUAAGAGGGACCUGCUGGAGGAGCGUUUGACCUGUGCGGACACCACAGCAGCCCUUCUCACGUCCCAUCUUCUGCAGUCGGAAAUAGGAGAUUAUGAUGAAACCCUGGAUCGAGAGCAUCUCAAAGUCAACAAGUACUUGCCCAGCCAAGAGCGCUUCCUUGAGAAGAUACUGGAAUUCCAUUGGAAGCACAUGGGCCAGACGCCUGCUGAGUCAGAUUUCCAGGUGCUUGAAAUUGCUCGAAAGUUGGAAAUGUAUGGCAUCCGAUUUCACACGGCUUCUGACAGAGAAGGGACCAAGAUUCACCUGGCAGUUUCCCACAUGGGUGUUCUCGUGUUCCAGGGCACCACCAAAAUCAACACUUUCAACUGGUCCAAGGUCCGUAAAUUAAGCUUCAAGAGGAAAAGGUUUCUUAUCAAACUCCAUCCAGAGGUUCAUGGACCUUACCAGGACACAUUAGAAUUUUUGCUGGGUAGUAGAGAUGAAUGUAAGAACUUUUGGAAGAUUUGUGUGGAGUAUCAUACCUUUUUUAGACUUUUCGAUCAACCUAAACCAAAAGCAAAAGCUGUCUUCUUCAGCCGGGGCUCCUCCUUCAGAUACAGUGGAAGAACUCAGAAACAACUAGUCGAUUAUUUCAAAGAUGGUGGAAUGAAGAGAAUUCCAUAUGAAAGAAGGCACAGCAAGACUCAGAUGUCCAUUCGUACUCUGACUACAGACCUGCCAAAACAGAGCAUCUCAUUCACUGAGGGCCUGAGGACUUCUACCUCCCCAUCUUCAGCAAAUGCCUCCUUUUAUCCGCUCCCUGCCUCCCCUCUGACACCCCCUGGCCUGCCCGAUUUCAAGAACAGCAGCAGCUCCCUUACAGAUACCCAGGUUUCCUACAUCAAGAGUCCACCUGCAGAGAGGAGCAGCGGAAUCAUGGCCGGAGGCCCUGACACACCAUCAGCACAGCCCCUUGGGCCCCCCGCACUCCAGCCUGGUCCAGGCCUGUCCACGGAUAGUCCUCAGCCUUCUCCCUCCAGCCAGAAGAGCUCCCUGAGCCUGAGCCCUGCGUUUCUGGUGACCCUGAGUCCAGCCGAACAGGGUUCAUCCCCACUCCUGAGCCCUGUCCUUAGUGAUGCUGGCGGAGCCAGGAUGGAUGACGAGGAAGAGCCAAGACACAAGCGCGUGCCUGCAGACGAGGCCUACUUCAUAGCCAAGGAGAUUCUUGCCACAGAAAGAACAUACCUGAAGGAUUUAGAAGUUAUUACUGUGUGGUUCCGCAGUGCAGUGGUCAAGGAGGACGCCAUGCCCGCAACCCUGAUGACCCUGCUCUUCUCCAACAUCGAUCCCAUCUAUGAGUUCCACAGAGGUUUCCUGCGCGAGGUGGAGCAGAGGCUGGUGCUCUGGGAAGGGCCCUCCAAAACCCAUGUGAAAGGUGGACACCAACGAAUUGGGGACAUCCUGCUCAGGAACAUGCAUCAGCUAAAGGAGUUUACCAGCUACUUCCAAAGACAUGACGAGGUCCUGACAGAACUAGAGAAAGCCACCAAACGCUGUAAGAAGCUGGAGGCAGUGUACAAGGAGUUCGAGCUACAGAAGGUCUGCUACUUACCUCUUAACACGUUCCUGCUCAAGCCCAUCCAGCGGCUGGUACACUACCGCCUGCUGCUGCGUCGCCUGUGUGAGCACUAUGCGCCCAGGCACCAUGACUACGCCGACUGCUGUGACGCCCUGAAAGCCAUCACAGAGGUGACCGCCACACUCCAGCACAGCCUCGUCCGGCUGGAGAACCUGCAGAAGCUGACAGAACUUCAGCGGGACCUGGUGGGCAUCGAGAACCUCAUCACUCCUGGCAGGGAGUUUAUUCGCGAGGGCUGCCUUCACAAGCUCACCAAGAAGGGCCUGCAGCAGAGGAUGUUUUUUCUGUUCUCAGACAUGUUGCUGUAUACAAGCAAAGGUGUUGCGGGGACCAGCCACUUCCGGAUCCGGGGCCUUCUUCCACUCCGAGGCAUGCUGGUAGAGGAAAGUGAGGACGAGUGGUCUGUUCCACACUGUUUCACCAUCUAUGCGGCUCAGAAAACAAUGGUGGUGGCAGCCAGCACUCGGCUGGAAAAAGAGAAGUGGAUGCUUGACCUGAAUGCCGCGAUCCAAGCAGCCAAGAGCAGCAGUGACACAUCCCCUGCGCUGCCAGGCAGCACCAUGUGUACUCAUCCCUCCAGAUCCUCCAAUGAGGUCUCUCUGGAGCAGGAGUCAGAAGAAGAUGCUCGGGGCACUCGCAGCUCCCCGGAGGGACAGGGCCAGCACCGGGCUAACACCACGAUGCACGUGUGCUGGUACCGGAACACCAGUGUGUCCAGGGCUGACCAUAGUGCAGCUGUCGAGAACCAGCUUUCAGGAUAUCUGCUGAGAAAGUUCAAGAAUAGUCAUGGCUGGCAGAAACUCUGGGUGGUCUUUACCAACUUUUGUUUAUUCUUCUACAAAACUCACCAGGACGACUACCCUCUGGCCAGCCUUCCGCUGCUGGGCUACACUGUGAGUGUUCCCAGGGAGACUGAUGGCAUCCACAAAGACUAUGUUUUCAAGCUUCAGUUCAAAUCUCAUGUCUACUUCUUCCGGGCAGAGAGCAAGUACACAUUUGAGAGGUGGAUGGAGGUGAUUGAAGGGGCCAGCAGCUCACCUGGGAGGCCCCCGAGCCUCGUGCAGGACUGCCCACGGCCCUCCUCAGGGCUGGAAGGGCAGUCGGGGAAGGAGGAAUGAAGCUCAUCCGCCCAGGUGAGGACACACCAUGGAGAACCAGAAGGCAUGAAGGCAGCCAUUGUCCUCACCAAGCUGAGGAACCGGAGCAGCCGCUUGUCCUGAGUCUUCUAACAGGCAGGAGGCAGCUGUGGCCUUGCUGGGUCCCCAUCGACACCAAGUGUGGGUGGGCUUCACAUGACAUCUGAGAGGGACUUUGUCCAUUCUCAAGACCCAGCACAGAUCUGGGGCACUGGGAAGGACAUCAGGUCUCAAAUGGGGAGCCACAGGUCCCUGGCUCAAAGGCCAUGGGCAGGACCUGAGCUGUGCUCUGGGCAUUGGACCAAAGCUAGGCUCACCCUGCCCUCUCCUCUUCCCAGAUCAAGGGCCCACUAAGGACUGGCCUAGAACAAGAACUGGGGCAGGCAGCCCCUGAACCAUCCUCACAAUGCCCACCACCAGAGCUCCUCUCAAGCACUCACUCUCCUCUGGUCCCAGGAAGGCUAGAGCCUCGCAAUGCCCAGCCAUCCUAACUUUUCCUCUGGGUGAACCAAGUGGCAGCCCCAGCAGCCUGGCCUUCGGGUCACAGCUAAAUGAGUCUGGCAGAAGCCACAGUGGUUCCGACCCUACGUACCUCUGGAGAAGCAGAAACCAAAGUACCCUGUGGUCCCUGGGAGGGUGAGGUCUUCUUAAUUUAUUAUGCCCAGCAUUUCUUCCAGGUGGAGACAGAUGUCUGACUUUGUUCACACAUGUCUCAAAAUAAACAUCUCCCCACCCACCUGCAAACUCCUCUCUUGUCACUGCUCUCCUUCCAGUAGGCAAUGCAGAACCCACAAACCCAUCACAGGGCACUCAGAAGGGGGAGUCAC